AUGCCAAUGAGAUGUUUUGUGCCUUCAUCUUGUCGAGGCUAUGAAUGCUAGUUCUAAGCAGAGAAUAAUAGAAGAGUUAUUUUCUCAAUGUCUAGACCAGCUAAAUGCACAAUGCUCUGUAUAAGCAGACCAGAGAUAUCAGUUUAUUAUCUGAAUGCCUAAAAGUAAAAAUAGCUUUUGAAAAACGAAGAUUAAAGUGAAAUGGUGGAGCUUGAUUAAUUUCAAGAUCAUCUAAAGUCUUAUUAGGAGGAAAAAGAAGGGAAGAGAGAAUUAAUUGGAAGAGCAUAUCUACCGUUUAGCUUUUGUGGAACAAGCAUUAUUAUCUAUGAUGAAAAUAAUUUACCAAUCUAUCAAAUCUUUGGAACAUCAUGGUAGUGUUAACUAUUCUUUUUUCCCACACCUUGUGGACCAUGUCGAGAUUCAGUUUGGAUUAUAGCUGAUUUUAAGUCAACUAUCGAAGAUCCAAUUGGCCAUAUAUAUAAAAGGUGGUCUAAUUGUUUCAAAUAAUGCAUGUCCACUGCUCCAUGGUAUGUAAUUGACUUUCCAGAGAAUAUAGAUUGGAAAAGAAAGCUACUAAUUUUAUCUGCUGUUUAGCUACUUGAUUAACAUUAUUUCUCAGGCACUUGCAAAUGA